AUGCUCGCUAAAACUUUGGCUUUGUUAUUCUUAGCCGUGCCAACUUGCGUUAGGGCCCAAAGUCUCGAAGUUCCGCAAGUCGAACCUAUUACCACUGAAACCACUGUAUUCUCGAGAGGACCGGGACAAAUCACUACAACUUAUUCCACGGAAGUUGUGACUGACGAUGGCACUAUUCCAACUGUUAUGACUAUCUACUAUGUCCAGAUCCCGUAUUUUGAUGAUGACGAUUAUGUUACUGAGGAGACCAUCGUGACCACUGAAUACACAGCGUGGACAGGCACUUAUACUACUACGUAUUCCACUGAGGUUUUGACUCUAAGCGGUAGCCCUAUACCGACUGUUAAAACCAUUUACAAGGUGCAGACCCCAGACACGUCAGAUGAUGGCGGGGAUGAUGGCACUGAAACCACGACCACCACUGAAACCACAGAGUAUACUGUAUGGACUGGAACGUACACCACCACUUAUUCUACCGAUGUGCUAACUGAAACCGGUGAUGAUGGUAUCGCUACCGUCAAGACGAUUUACAAGGUGCAGACUCCAGACGGCACAGAUGAUGAUGGUGGAGCUGAAACUACUACAACGACUGAAAGCACCGAAUAUACCAGAUGGACUGGUACAUAUACCACUACUUACUCCACUGAUAUUUCGACUGAAACUGGUGAUGAUGGCAUCGCUACUGUUAAGACUAUCUACUUGGUUCAGACCCCAGACGGCUCAGAUGAUGACGAUGAUGAAACUACCGUUACCACUGAAACUACACAAUACACUGGCUGGACUGGUGCUUACACUACUACUUAUUCCACUGACGUCUUGACUGAAACCGGCGAAGACGGUUAUCCGACUAUCAAGACUAUCUACUUAGUCCAAACACCUUUAUCUUUCUCGAAUACAACAGAUGGCGAUGAUGAUAAGACUUCAGAUGAUAAUGGUGAUGAUAACACUACUGAUGAUGAUGGCAGAACCACCAUUGAGCCACCGACCACCUCUACAGACACUACAACUGAUCAAGAUGACAAUGGAAAUGGAGGAGAAACUUCAACUCCAUCUGAUGCACCACCGGACUCAACUUCUUCUGAAUCUUCUACAGAUGGUUCAGGAACCACAUUUGAAGGCGGUGCUACCAGAGUGCUAGCCACUUCUUUCUUUGUUGUAUUAUUGGCUUUGUUAUGA